AUGCCCUCUCAAGUUCUUGAGUAUCCGGAAGGUUUCAAAGCGGAGGUGACAUUCGGUCCCUCCAUUGCUGGUACGGCCGAUGAAUACGAACUUCGCUUUACACGCCGGGCGCUGGAAAGGAUCAAAGAGCGCCUUGGUCUUGAGGCCACCGAAGAGUUGAUUCAGCCUGAUAUCGACGAAUCAAAUGAAUUCUGGCGCAAAGUUCUGGCUGAAAAUAAGGGGGGCGACUUCAAGCCCGCACGCAUUGAGCUCUCCGUGAAGGGUCUGAAGAUGGAUGAAUUCCUUCCCUGGUUCCGCAACCGUUGCCAGCGAAAGGUUCCCUACAUGCUCGCGGGCCAACCUGAACAUUGGGUUGUUCAAUCCGAUGAAGCGGGUAACGAAAAAGUGAUCGAAAACUUGGGUCCCUGGGUUUCUCGCUUUUUCAUUAAAUUCGAGCCAGCAUCUCAACCUUUCCAGCUGAGAGACAUGUACGAAGAUUUCCCUCUCAGACUCACUGGUUAUGGGCACACCGACGACGGUUCAAUUAACGGAUACGUUCUACACCAGUUCCGGCCCCACGCCGAGGGUUCUGGAUUUGAUGUCAAUCUUUGUAUCUACUUUCCAGCGUCGGCCCCUGAAAUCCUGUUCGAACAGCAUCGUCAGCACCUUGUCGUUGAGUUCACCAACUGGACACGCCGUUGCUAUCGGGAACUGAAGAUAGAGAAGAUUCAAAUUUGA